GAGCCUGGAGGCCGUGCGCGGGGUGCCCCGGUCGCGGGUCGUCCGGGCGGCGUUGUUCUGUUGGCGGUUGGACAACGAGGCGGCGUGGGAGGCUAGUGGCAGCCUGCUACGGACAGCGAACCCCCCGCGGCAGCGCGUGGAGUCAGUGCUGCGGGGGCUGGGGCCAGGCAAGAACACGGCGGCAGAGGAGCACAGAUCUUUCGUCGUCCCUGGAGUGGCCGGCGUGACGCGCGCGGAGCACAGUGUCAUCCUCAUGCGUCGCUGGGCGGCGUGCGAAAGUAAUUUGGGGAGCCCGCGCAGACUGGCGGGGCCUGGCCCCGGCAAACCAGGUUUGGAUAGCGUGCUCAGGGAGGUACCCCGUAUGUACGGCGUCGCCGAAUACACGUGCCUGUGCCUGGCCACGACGCUCGUCCUCGGCCGGCGCGUGAGGGACAACGCGGGGGCGCAGUGCUGGCCAGUUGGCCCCGGCGCUGGCACGGCGGCGCUCUUCCUGACCGGGGCGGAGGCGGCCGUGGCCCAGAGCAACGCGGUCUGGCCUUGGCAGCGCGACCGCCGCAACCUCAGGGCUGCGGUGGCGGCGGUCGCGGCGGAGCUGGGCAUUGCUUUCAUGGCCGCGCAGCAUAGCCUGUGCAAUUGGAUUUCAGAG